AUGAGCGAUCCCACCGACCCUGCGCAGUACGGCAACAGAGGCGUGUUGGUGCUAGCGCAGCUCUUUCACGUAAAUGGCAUCACUGGGCCAGAAAAGUUGAAGGCGUCGCCUGACAAGUUGGUGGCAGAUAUCAUCCGUGACUGGACUGGGCAUGUCAGCUUCCGGCUCGAGGAGCACGAUGUCGGCUUGGCCACGCGGGACGAGCUCCAAAAGUUGUACGAGGGCUUAUUAGUACGCUACAAGGUGGAGACUACGGUGGACCUAGCCAAUAGCGCGUACUACCAGCGCAUCGACGAGCUCGAGGCUGAUAUGGUGGGCCACCGGGCCGAGUUCCGCAAGGUGUUGGAUGGAGCCUAG